UACACGUCAAGUUCGGCCAUUGCUGACAAUUUCUGUUUUUGUGGCCGGUUCACCGUAUUUCAUACCAUCUGCUUGGCGAUACAAGUAACAAUCAAAAUGGAAAUUUCGUGGAUCGCUUCGUCUCAUUCUUAUUUCUAUAUGGUCCUGUUUAUGGUGACCUUCCUAUCAGCACCAAAGUUGACCAGCAGUGGAGCUACACAACUCACUACAGCCAAUUUACAGGAAAUAUUGACAAAUUAUGAGCUGGUGUUUGUAAAUUUUUAUGCUGACUGGUGCCGAUUUAGUCAGAUGUUACAACCUGUCUAUGAUGAGGCAGCAGGAAAAAUUAAUGAAGAAUUUAAGGAUCCUGGGACUGUGGUGUUUGCCAAAGUUGACUGUGAUAACCAACCUACGAUAUCCCAGCAGUACAAAGUCAGCAAAUACCCGACGCUGAAACUUAUCCGCCACGGCCAGGCGCUCAAGCGCGAAUACAGGGGUCAAAGGUCAUCGGAGGCUCUGCAGCAGUUCAUCCGGGAGCAGCUGAAGGAUCCUAUCAAAUACCACGACAGUCUGGACCAACUUGAUAACAUUGAUAACAAGAAGCGGAAUAUUAUUGGAUAUUUUGCCAGCCAAGACAGCGAGAAUUAUAAGACGUACAAAAAGGUGGCAAGUGUUCUUCGUGAUGACUGUGAAUUUCAUUCUGCUAUCGGGCCAGUGUCAGAAAAGGAAAGAACCAACGGAGACGCAGUGCUCUACCGUCCACCUAAUUCGGAGAGGAAUGACCAGGCGUACAGCGGGCCCCUGACGACUUAUGACUCGAUGCACAAGUGGGCGCUGGAAAGUUGUGUUCCAUUAGUUAGAGAGAUUACUUUUGAAAAUGCUGAGGAAUUAACAGAAGAAGGCCUGCCAUUCUUAAUUUUGUUCUACAAUCCACUCGCCGAUCAGGAAACUUUAAAAAAAUUCACAGAUUCUGUGGCUCACCAGCUACAAACAGAAAAAGGUAACAUUAACUGUUUGACAGCAGAUGGAACAAAAUUCACACAUCCUCUUUAUCAUCUGGGAAAAUCAGUGAACGAUUUACCACUGCUGGCAAUUGACAGUUUCAGGCACAUGUACAUAUUUAAACAUGACGUUAGGAAAGAUAUGAGUACACCAACUUUAUUAUUGGACUUUAUCAAGGAUUUACACUCAGGAAAAUUACAUCGCGAAUUUCACCAUGGGCCUGAUACUGAAAAGGCUACAGAGCCCCCAAAGCUUGCAGAUGGCUCUGAGCACAUUCCAAAGGACACAGACGAUGAGGGUAAAAAAGGUGGAGACGACGCAACCACGCCUCCAGAAUCUACAUUUAAAAAGUUAGGGCCCUCCAGAAAUAGAUACACUCUUCUCCGAGAUGAACUCUGAGUACUUUUGCACUUGUUAAACUUAAAGAUAAUUUUGUAUGUUAAAAUAAUUGAUCAUGAGGCCUUUUGGUUUUGUUCAUUGGGUUACAGAAAGCAUGUAAUACAAGGGCCAUAAGAAGGAGUGCGUGUUUUUAAAAAAGUAGACAUUUGUUCAAUUUUGUUCUCAAUAACUCUUCUCAUUGUCACUCAGUUAACAUAUAUACUUGGCCAAGCUGGCAGUGGCGAUGCCUGCACAUCUAGAUUGUUUUCGACCGACCAGAAAGGUGUGGGGGGGGGGGGGAUGGAAGGCUGGUUCAUUCUUUGAUAUUUUCUUUCAUUCAUUAAAGCAGAAGAAAAAAAAGUUUUUGAGAAAUCCUGAAAUGUUGUCUGUAGCCCAAUUAAUGAUAGAAGGUGGCCAUACUUCGGAGCAAUGGUGCACUUGGGAAGGUUUAUUUUCUAAGAAAAAUAUUUUUUUCAUUUGGAGCAAACAUAUUUUGAAUGAUCUUAGGUGUGUGUACUGAUGUUUAAAACAAACCUGAUGUGCUAUGUGAUGAAUAGCGACAUGCAUAACCCCACAAGAUGUAGUCAUACUUUGGAAUUUUUGUGGACGAAAUGUUACCUUAGUUAGCUGAGUGUUUCUUAGCUUUGAAUUUCCUUCAAUGGUCUCCCAAUCUUUGGUUUUCUCACCAGGCCUAUUUCUGUGCAUCAUCAUGUCUCCAUUUAAAAAAAUGCUGAUGAUUGUGGUUUUUGACCCUUCGUGAGCUGAUGGAAUAAAUUUUUCGUGGUUUUCUCAAAGAAGCAAUAACAUUUUCUUCAAGAUGAACUCAUCUGAAUUUAGUGAUUUCAUCAGAAUUCUUUCUAGAAAAAAAUCCAUCGUCCACGAAGGGUUAAAUGUAUGCUGAUUAGACUAGAUUUGUUGUUAUUUGUUAGAAUCCAGGCAUAGACAAUGUAAAUACAAAACCUGUAUUAUUUAAGAUAAGAUUAUUUGCAUAAAAUUCUAGGAUAACGGGAGAACUUCUGACGAAAUAUUUUCCAUUGAGAAAUUAGUUCUCUCAUCCAUUAAGACUAACAAAGCAUGUGCUUUUGUGUAGUUACCCUGGACAAAAGGAUCUUUCCUGUCUUAUUGUAACUUAUUUCUUUAUAUAUUCCUCAGUUCCAGGCUUCUGGAACCUGAGUGACAUCUUUUGAAAUUGGCUCUGUGAAAAAUAUUUUAUCAAGAGUUUUCAAAGUGUGUAUAAUCAGUUUGUCCCUGAUAGCUUACGGUUAUUUGCAUUUCCUGUAUCUCCUUGGAUGAUUUUACCCAAAACAGAAACUUAAUGCACAUUCCUUAACGAUGUGUGACCUAUAAAAACCUCAGCUUAUUUUAUGGAGCUGACUGAGCAGUCGUUUGGGAAUUAUAGUUGGUUCAUUGGUUUUGAUAUUUUUGUUAAGUGCGUGGGUGAUAGGGAAAAUUUUCAUGGACAUAUUUUGAGAGCAUAUUUUAUGUCAACAAAAAAUGGUUAAGGUAUUUGUAUGGAACCGAUUGGCUACCAUAUCUGAUGAAUCAGGAUGUUAUCAAAACUGAGUCAAACCCUUUUGGACUAUCGGGACAUCUAUUGCCAAGGCACAAGAAUUGUUAAAAAAACAACUGAAGAUUUUGAAAAGCCUAUUGGCAUGAUUGAUCAGUCAUUUGGAAGGUUCUCAAUCGAGAUGUUCUGGAGUUCUGUUUGUGUUUGGGUUUUUUAACGGGUUUUGGGUAAGUUAUGCGUCUUCUCAGCUCUUUUCAUCAUUGACCCAGUCCUUGGAUGGUUUUAAAUAUUGAGAACAUUUCUUUGGUGUAUGUUUUAAUGUGCAAUCCUUAGCUCUGCUACAAGUGUAUAGAUAUAUUUUUCUAUCUGAUGCUUCUUCAGUUCGUUAGGACUAGUUCAGUGUUUAUGAAAAAUGUCUGAGUUUAUGUGACUUGGAACUGUCAAAAUGUGUUCUCUGUUCGAGUUCAUGUCCUGAAAUUCAGGAGGUCAGAACCAUUAUUCACAGUCUGUGGUGAAAGAUCAUCCAUGGAUUUAGUUUUUCAAUGUUUUUCUCUUAGUAAAAUCUCACCACUAGAGAAUGUAAGUUCUUUACUUGAGUGUUAAGUAAGCUGAGUGCAUGUAUGUAAAUAACAUUUCUCAAUCAGACAACAGUUUGAGUAGGAACAGGGUCAGAUCCUGAAAUUGAAGACACUUUUGAGAUAAAGUUGGGCUCUGCCAAAUUCAUGGUCAGUUUCAAAGAUCAGUUUAGAAGGGGUCUCUGCUCCUCUCCUGAUUUACCGCUGGAAGAAGGUCUUUGCUUUUGCUAUACUAUCUGUGCUGAUUUCUGAAAGGUUGCUUGUCCAUGUGAGUGUUGGUUUGCGUAAGUUUCAUCCAAAACAUAGAAGAGAGAACCUAUGUCGGAGAUAAAUACGUUCAGGACAGUUGCCUAGCACAAGGGUAUUCCACUAGCAGCAGACCACAGUGCAUUCACUUGGACAAGCACCCUAUGUGUCCAGUUUACAUGUUGCAAGUGCCUAGAAGCUGUGGUACUGUGCAUUUUGUCGAAAAUAUUAUGUGUAAAGAUUUUUUGGGUUAAACGAGGGAUAUUGGGCAUGUAAAUAAAUACAUAAUACACUUAUUAGAUUAUGGA